AUGACGUCUCCCACCGGCGACGUUGAACUCGGCCCCACCAACACGUAUAAGAGCAAGGACGAGUCCGUAGCCUGCGGCAGCUCACACAGCAUGCGCGAGCCCGAGUACGAUCGGCGGCACCCGCCUCUGCGCUUCGAGCGCUUCAUUGAUACCUUUCGCCGGGACCCUAACUCGACCUUCCUGCUCGCCGACCAUGACCACGACCCGGCCGUCGCCCGCCGCUUACACAACGGUUCUCACUACUAUGACCUGCACCUCGCCGCCCUUGAGAAUGCCCACAUCGGCCUCUCCCGGAGCCUCAAGGGCCGCCACCUGCAGAUGAUUGCCAUCGGCGGCUCCAUCGGCACGGGUCUCUUCGUCGUCUCCGGGAAGGCGCUCAACGCUGGCGGCCCAGCCUCGGUGCUGAUCGCCUUUGCUAUCAUCGGCGCCAUGCUUUACACGACCUGCCAGGCACUCGGCGAGCUUGCCGUCCUAUUUCCCAUUGCCGGAUCCUUUUCCUCGUGGGCCACCAGGUUUCUCGAUCCGUCCUGGGGGUUUGCUAUGGGCUGGAACUAUGCUCUACAGUGGCUCUCUGUCCUACCACUUGAAAUUAUUGCCGCCUCCUUGACGAUAGGUUACUGGAACGAGAGGCUCACAAAAGCCAUUUUUGUGACCCUCUUCCUUACCACCAUUGUCCUAAUUAAUAUGUUUGGCGUGAAGGGCUACGGCGAGGCUGAAUUUUUCUUCUCUAUUAUCAAAAUUAUUGCCGUCGUUGGUUUCAUCUCACAGUCCCUCCUCACCUACAGACUCCUCGGCAUCGUGCUUAACUGCGGCGGGACACCCGAUGGCGGUUACAUUGGCGGCGAGUUCUGGCGGGACCCCGGCGCCUUUAAUAAUGGCUUCAAGGGCCUGUGCAGUGUCUUCGUCACGGCAGCCUUUGCGUUUACCGGAACUGAACUCGUGGGGCUGGCGGCGGCUGAAACGGCAAACCCGCGCAAGUCGUUGCCCACGGCCAUCAAACAGGUCUUUUGGCGUAUUACACUCUUCUACAUUGUCGCGCUGACACUCGUCGGCCUACUCGUCCCAUAUAACGACCCACGGCUGCUCGGUGGCGACAGUAAGGCUGACGCCAAGGCGUCGCCGUUUGUGAUCGCAAUUGAGGACGCCGGCAUCCAGAUCCUACCCUCGAUUAUGAACGCCGUUAUCCUCGUCGCCGUGCUUUCUGUUGGAAACUCGGCCGUCUUUGGGUCCUCACGCACCCUCGCCGCCCUCGCCAACCUCAACCAGGCGCCUAAACUACUCGGAUACGUCGACCGCAAGGGUCGUCCACUGGUUGCCAUUGUUAUCGCUGGUGCCGUUGGUCUCCUCGCCUACCUCGCCGACGCCAGCGGCGCGCAAUCCAACGUCUUUGACUGGCUCCUCGCCCUCUCCGGCCUCUCCUCCAUAUUCACCUGGGGCUCCAUCUGCCUCUGCCACAUCCGCUUCCGCCGUGCCUGGCACCUCGCUGGCCGCUCCGUCGCCGAGCUGCCCUUUCGCUCCCAGGUCGGCGUCGGAGGGUCCUAUUUCGGCCUCGCCCUCAACUUCAUCGUGGUUGUGGCACAGUUCUGGGUAGCUGCCUUCCCUAUUGGAUGGCGCACCAUGUCCGGCGCCGCCAUUGCCCAGAACCUCUUCCUCAAGUGGAUGAGCGCACCCAUCAUCCUCGUCUGCUACGGCGCGCACAAGCUCUUCUACCGCACUCGCUACGUUCGGAUCCGCGAAAUGGACAUCGAUACCGGCCGCCGCGACUGGAACCUCCCCGUCCUCGUCGCCCAGGAGAGGGAGGAGCGCAUGACCUGGCCUAAGUGGAAGAAGUGGUAUAAAUUCAUCUGUUGA